GCGACUUCUAGGCGAAACCGACUUUUGCCACCACUUCCUCUCCCUGGGCGAAUCGCCUCCCUCCAACUCGUAUCCCGCCAUGGCCGCCGCCGCCGCCGCCGCCGCCGCCGGCGACUCGCCCCGCCGCGGAACACCGGACAGCGAUGAGGAGGACUACGAGGAGUACGUCCCCGUCGCCAAGCGCCGGGCCAUGGAGGCCGAACGCCUCCGCCGCGCCACUAAACCGCCGACCACGAACGCAGUUGCAGUUGCAGCCCCGCCGCCGCCGCCGCGCUCCACCUCGUCGCCGGCGGUGGGUGAGGUUGCGGUCAAGACGAGCCUGCUCGUGAAGGCCACGAAGCUGAAGCGCGAGGCCCCUGAGGUGACCCCGGCCGAGCGGCUGCUCCAGCAGGAGAGGGAGAUGAUCGAGCACCUCUCCGACCGCAAGGCCCUCAUGCCCGUCGGCGAGAUCGCGAAGGGGAUCAGCUACUCCGAGCCGAUCACCACGGGGUGGAGGCCGCCGCUUCGCCUCCGCCGCAUGCCGCGGUCCCGCGCGGACGCGCUGCGACGGAGCUGGCACAUCCUUGUCGACGGCGACGACGUGCCCCCGCCGUCCCGAAGCUUCGGCGACCUCCGUCUCCCGGAGCCCAUCCUCCGCGCGCUCCGCGGCAAGGGAAUCGAGAAGCCGACCCCAAUCCAGGUGCAGGGUCUCCCCGUCGCGCUCUCCGGGCGGGACAUGAUCGGGAUCGCGUUCACGGGGUCCGGGAAGACGCUGGUGUUCGUGCUGCCGCUCAUCAUGGCGGCGCUGCAGGAGGAGAUCCUGAUGCCGAUCGUGCCCGGCGAGGGCCCGUUCGGGCUCAUCGUCUGCCCGUCGCGGGAGCUCGCGAGGCAGACGCACGAGGUGAUCGAGAUGUUCCUCGCGCCGCUCAUGGAGGCCGGGUACCCGGAGAUACGGCCGCUGCUCUGCAUUGGAGGCGUGGACAUGAGGACGCAGAUGGAGGUGGUGAAGAAGGGCGUGCAUAUUGUAGUGGCGACUCCUGGGAGGCUCAAGGAUUUGCUCUCCAAGAAGAAGAUGAAUCUUGAUAACUGCAGGUAUUUAACACUAGAUGAGGCGGACAGACUAGUCGAUCUUGGAUUUGAGGACGACAUCAGGGAGGUGUUCGACCAUUUCAAGGCACAGAGACAGACACUCCUCUUCUCUGCCACCAUGCCAGAGAAGAUCCAGAAUUUUGCAAAGAGUGCGCUAGUGAAACCAAUCAUUGUCAAUGUGGGAAGAGCUGGAGCAGCAAACCUUGAUGUCAUCCAAGAGGUUGAGUAUGUCAAGGAGGAAGCAAGAAUCAUAUACCUCCUUGAGUGUCUCCAGAAAACCCCACCCCCUGUGCUGGUUUUCUGCGAGCACAAAGCCGAUGUCGAUUACAUCCAAGAAUUUCUUCUUCUGAAAGGUGUCGAAGCUGUUGCAAUCCAUGGUGGAAAAGAUGAUGAGGAAAGAAAAGACGCGUUCAAAUCAUUCAAAGCCUCAGAAAAGGAUGUAUUGGUAGCUACAGAUGUUGCAUCCAAAGGCCUUGAUAUCCCUGAUAUCCAGCAUGUGAUCAACUACGACAUGCCUGCUGAGAUAGAGAACUAUGUGCAUCGGAUUGGAAGAACCGGCAGGCGUGGGAAAACCGGCGUCGCAACGACAUUCAUCAACAAGAACCAGACAGAGACUACGCUUCUUGACCUGAAGCAAUUGCUCAUCGAAUCAAAGCAAAGGUUACCACCAAUUCUGGCUGAUCUUGAUGAUCCACAGGAGGACGAUAAGGUGGCCAUUGCUCAGCAGAGUGGUGUGAAGGGCUGUGCGUUUUGUGGUGGCCUUGGCCAUCGUAUCGAGGCCUGCCCCAAGCAGCAGCUCCAGAACAGUGUCACGCUUGCUCGAGCAAGAAGUGAUUACUUCGGUGGUGGUGGCUACCGGGGGGAGAUUUGAUCAUCAAGUAUCACUAGAUUUGCUCUGCCAUGUAUGUAGUACAGCCAUCUACAAUGGACCAAUGGUUCAGUUUACUGUACAUAUGUGAAGUUGUACCUGCUCUAAUAAAUUGUCUGUACAAAAUUACUAGCUUCUGACUGUAUUUCUAACCGGCAGCUUUACAUCGCCCAUCUUCUGACCUGUGUUUGAAUGAUGUACAUACACUGUAUUUCAGGUGUUGGAUUUAUGUCAAUAAUUAUUUUCUGUUCA